UUUCCAUUCUAAUAGUGUUCUGUUUUGAAUGUCUCAUUUGUUUAUCCCAGUGCUGACUAAUGAAUAAAUGGUGCCUCUGUGUUAAUUUCCAAAAGGUUAUGUUACUAUUCAUAGCUCCAAAGACCUACUAACUAAGUGUGUAAAAUGAUUUCACUGUGUGUAAUCUUUCUAAAUUAUUGCUCUCUUGUUUUCAUCUUUUAUUUGGUUUAUGAGUCUUUUUGGCUGUGGUCCAGUGUAUUUAGUUUGAGAAAAAAUACAGAUACACAGUCUGACAGACCACUGUCCACUGGCAUUAAUGUCACAACAGCCACUUGUUGAGUUUUGACUGGAUAUGUGGCUCCUCAAAUCUUUAAAUAUACAGCAGGGAGAGUGUCUCAGUUUGGACCCUGCUGUGUGACAGAUCUGUGGAAACAUGUUAGUUUCCUCAAACGUUUGAACGAUGAUUCAGUUCGUGCUAAUGACAAAUUAAAAGGAGAUAAUGCACAUCAAACGGCUCAUUAUGCCACAAAUGAUCCGUAGUGACGUGGGUCUUAGUGAACUUUGCGCGUGGAGUGCGUGUGACACGCGGCAGCGCAACACAGAGCUGUCAUCCAAACUUAGCAGAGCCCCCUGUGAAGCGUCAGACUGACCGCCUGGCUGCCAGACCAUCAGGCUCUACUUCACAUCACAGGUGGCUGCUGCUCCAACUUCACUCCAUCACCGCGGACUGUGCAGUGAUGGUGGUCCAGUGUGUGGACGUGGAUUAGAGAGGUGAGGGGGGGUCCAUCUGGCUGCAGCUGAGCACCUGCACGUGGCGGAGGACAGCCUUCUUUUCCUUUACUCGACCUCCAGCCUCCAGCAGAUUUCACUUCGCCUGUCAAGCGAGAAAAAGCGAACGAUGAGCUCCUCUCUCCCAAAGAGCGACUCGACUACUUCUCUGCUCAGAUCAUCGGGGCUCAACCGCAGGUCUGCGCACUCGGAUCACGGUCCACACGGUCACCGGAGUCACCGCUCUCACCAUCAUCCCACCGGACCUGGAGGCAGCGAGGAUGCGGACUGCUGGACGGAGGACUGCGAGCCGAGCGCGCGGAGACCUCUCUGCCAACCAAGACACACCGACUCUCGAAAUUUAGGUGAUCACCACCGGGUGCAGAAAAGCCACACCAGGCAAGCCAGCCUGAUGGAUGACGGUUACGCUCAGGAGGAUGUGAGACACAGGACGAGCCGGCAUCAGAAAGAGCGCAGCAAGUCCUCCAGGUCCAAACACUCCCAUCACCACCACGACUCCUCGCGAGGUGAGCUGCUUCCUGCAGCGCAUCACCAGGGCGGCUCCAGGCAGGACAGGCGGACCUCUCCAACUCCACAACAGCCGGACGACGCGGCUUUCUUUUUCGAGCCCAGGGAGAGAGUCAUCACCGGGUCGUCCUCCAGUCUCAGCUCUGACCCACCUGCGGCCAGUGCACCUGCCCAGCCCGCAUCCAGCCGCACAUCCAAAAGACUGAGCGCCAACUCCUCUGAAUAUGACUCUAGUCUUCAUCCCAUAGUGAAGUCAGUCUUUGGGCAGGACCGAGAGUUGAGGCCAGAAGAAAUGGAUGAGUUGCGUGAGGCGUUCAAGGAGUUCGACAAAGACAAAGACGGGUUUAUCGGCUGUAAAGACCUAGGAAACUGCAUGAGGACUAUGGGCUACAUGCCAACAGAGAUGGAGCUAAUAGAGCUGAGUCAGCAGAUCAACAUGAACUUGGGAGGACAUGUUGAUUUUGAGGACUUUGUAGAACUGAUGGGGCCCAAACUUCUGGCUGAAACUGCAGACAUGAUUGGGGUGAAAGAGCUAAGGGAUGCAUUCAAGGAGUUUGACACAAAUGGCGAUGGCCAGAUCAGUACAGCAGAACUUCGAGAAGCAAUGAAAAAACUUUUAGGACAACAGGUUGGGCACAGAGAUCUGGAGGACAUCCUACGAGAUAUAGAUCUUAACGGAGAUGGACAUGUAGACUUCGAAGAAUUUGUGCGUAUGAUGUCUCGAUGAGUUUGUCACGGAGAGCCGAGAUGUUAAAACACAACAUGGAUUCUCUGUUGUUAUGGGAGGAAUAUGAGAGAGACCGGCACAAGAAUACUGAUGGAUCUUGAACUUCUGAACUGACAGCGAACAAGAGAACAAAAACAUAUCAACCCUGCCCUGAAACUGCCACGCUGAAGCACAAAGGCUGACCACUACAGCCAGGAGCAACACUGUUGAUUAUAUGCUGCUGCUGUUUCUUAGAGCACAAAAAAACCAACAGCUGCAUUUCAGACUUUUACAAAGUAUAUUUUAAAAAGCAUAUUUUCCUUUAGUAAUGACAUUUCUAAUGCUGAUGUGGUUGUUGACCCAGAUGUUUGAGCAAUUUUGCUUAAACACUUUACUAUUAUUGUUAAUAAUAGUAGCAAUUAAGAAGACAUAUUUUCAACUACAGCAGUAUGCCAGCAAACACCCCACAAAUGCAACACAUUCCUUUAUAAUGCUGAGAAGCACAAAUACAACAUUGCAAUAUGGAAAUAUUUCAUGUGAUCCUGUCAAAGCUGUGUGUUUGUGUUUUGUGCAUACUGUUGUUCCUCUCCACCCUAAACUGUACUUAUUAUCUCCCUUAAGACAAUUGUCCAACCCUGGUUAAGGCAAGCGAAUAUUUGUUUUGUAAUUAUGUGUAAUGUAGCACAGAUGCUGUUCUUCUGACAUUAAUAACAUUAUGCCUAUCUUACUGUGAUAUAUAUAUAUGUAUGUAAUUUUCAGUGUGCAUAAGAUGAACAGACUCCUUCAACUGAAACUUUUGUUGAGGCUAGGUACAGUGAGUUGCUAAUCUUGACUACUGUAAUUGGCCUUUUUAAUUACAGUAUGUUUUACUAAUUCUGCAUGAAUACUCAAUACAUUAAACACUUUUUUGAGUUCAUCUACACCUAAGUUACAGUGGUAGGUGAUCAACAGAGUGUUAAAACUAUAGAUGAAAUAUGGAUUUUGUUAAUGCUGUAAUUAUUAUCAAAGAGCUCUGAUAAAUGUUCUUGUCUAUUUGGGGUUUUGUGAGUCUACUGAGUCCUCAAGUGACUUUCACUUUGGUACAACAUUUUCACUUUGAACUUUGAUACCUCAAAAUCAAUCAAACAAUCAACCUCAUCCAUUAACUGCCCCUAGCAUAAUAUCUAUUACCAAUUCUUUUCCCCCUCUUACCUUCAUUAUUAAUAUUUGUAAAGAAGUGGUACUAACUUCUUUAUGAAAAAAGCCAAAGAAAGUUUAUAAGAAUAUUAUUUGAGUCGCAGUGUAGUAGGUGCAGUAUGUUUUUAGAAAUAUGAUUCAUUGGAUAACAUUUUCAAAAUGGCUGCUUGAAUUGCCCUUUGGUUCCUGGGGCAGCUAAAUUAUUGGUUGACUGUUCAUGAAUGGACAUGGGAGUAUAUGCAUGCUCUGAAGUAAAGAUAUUCUUCUAAAGGGAAAUCUUACUUUGUGAUUUUACUCGUCUUAACUGUGUGAAACUAUGCAUGCUAGAAAACAACUGCAAUUUGUAGCAGAACAUAUAAAAAUAAAGGUUUUUAUUGGAGAGAUUAA